AUGACGUCCCUCCGGUCCCAAAAUGACGUAAGAUCUGCGCUCCCCUUUUGCAGUUCUUCUCCGUCGUCGUCGUCGUCUCCUUCUUCUUAUUCAAGCCCGCUCGCUUCCAUGAGCCGAUCGACCCUCCACGCCUCCAGAAGCUUCGACUUUUCUUCUUCUUUUCUGUGGGAAUUACUCGGGCAUGUCCACUCUCAUUCAAAAGCUCGCCAAGGCCGCGCCCUCUUCUCUCAAACUGUUCGGACAUUCCAGGUUAAAUCCGCGCCCACUUCCCGCGCCCGCCCUCGCUCCUCGCCAGACCGUCCUCGGCUCAUCGAGGCCGGGUUGCUCGCGCGAUUCGCCGCGCUCUCCGGGUGAGGGCAUCGGCGGAGACGCGGAAAGCUCGCUGAUUUCGCGGCUUCACCUGGUCUUCCCAUUCGGGUUUUGCGGAAACCCAGGUCCCAGCCCUUCGGCCGCUCUCGAUGGUGCGGAGCCCGUGGACGGCGACGACGCUGGGCGCGUGUGGGCGGAUAGCGUGAAGAAGAAGAGGAAGAGGAAGAUGAACAAGCACAAGUAUAAGAAGCUCAGGAAGCGCCUCCGGCGAAAGGCCAAGUCGUAGUUUGGAAUUUGAAUUCGGUGAAAAUUCCGAUGCGGCAGCGUUCGAUGAAUUUGUUUUUGUUUUUUUUUUUUUUUCUCUUGUUGUUGUCCAUAAUUGUGACUGUUGUGGGUUCUCUGAAUGAAGUUCUUGGUCCGCUUUUGCAGUAA